UUAGGAUUAAAUAAUAUUUAUUUUAUUCUAACGGAUAAAGAUUUUUCAGAAAUUUCUGCUGCACAAAAAGUCUGGCCAAAUGCCAAAAUUCAAAUUUGCUUUUGGUACAUUAAGAAGGCACUUAAAAAAUGUCUUACAGAUAAUACAUAUCCAAAAGUAAUUCAUUAUAGCUCAUAUUCUGCUCAUGAGGUAUUUGAGUUUAUUGAUAUUAAUUUCCAUCCAACACCACCAUCACAAAUAACUCCAAUGCAAAAAAAAAGUUUUUGCUUUUGUCCCAAAGAAUUACGAGAUACAAUUAUAAAGAUGAUGGAACAACAUAUGCAUUUACAUCCUUUAAUUCCAAAUACUAGCGGAUGUUAUUUAACAGCACAUGAAAUCUGGGAACAAUCAACUAAGCAAAUUUAUGAAUUUUGCGUUUAUCAUAAUUUAAAACUAUUGUGGAUUUAUUUGUGGGAACAUUGGUAUCAUAAAGAACUCUGGGUAUUGUGGACACGAUCUGCAUAUUAUAAGAUUUGCAUAUUUCAUACUACAAUGUUAUGCGAAUCGCACUGGAAAGUUAUUAAAUAG